UUUCGUUUUCAAAGUGGAUGUUAAGUUGAUGGAACAGCCACACUCCAACACAGGAACUCCCCCUCAAACUAUGUCAAGUACCUUUACCUUCUGAGCCCUGUCAUAAAAGUUACACUAAAGUCGUGUGAGUCAGUUUCAAACAUGGGAUAUCGAGAACCGGUGGAUCGUGUCUUUAAAAUGAAUCUACCAAGUGAUCAGACAUAACUUACAGGGCUAAUAACUUACUUGGAUUUUUUAUAAGUUUUACAAUCUAUCUGAGCACCUGAAUCUGAGAUCUCCAUCUUGUGGAUAAAUUACCCUAUUGGCUUCAGAGCAAUGGAAGGCUUCCGUUGGCUGUUUAUAGACCUCAUUCUGGUGUUUUCAUCAGCUCAAGUGCUUAACAAGAAUGACCCACGUCCUACCAUCCGCCUUUACACAGAUUUAGAUUACAACUCCACAGAAACCGAUGGGUCAGAUUUUAUGGGCCAGGAGGCUGGUGACAUCAUCCUAUCACCAGGACAAAACUUUACGAUUGAGUGUCGGGGUGUUUACAAUGUGACUAUGAGACUAAUACGGAGUUACCAUAAAGUGAGCUCCCCCUACACAGGACUGAAUAUUGAAGAGGAGCGAUUGUUACAAAGUGUUAAUAACUAUGCCGCUAAUUUUACUGUGAGCAAUAUAAAUUAUCUAUAUACGGGGGAAUACAGAUGUCUGUACGUCGACGAAUUCAGAGAUGAUUUAUACAGCAGUAUUUACAUCUAUGUAUAUGAUCCUAACCAUUUACUCACACCUUUAAAAAUGGAAAACAACAGAUUUGUAAGUGUGGCAAUUUACCACUAUCAGAAGACGUACAUUCCAUGCAGAGUUACGCACCCUGAUGUCCAGGUGGAGCUCUAUAAAUUGUACCCUGAUGAACUCAUUGAGACUGGAGAUACAAAUGCUGUUUACUACGACCCAGAAAAGGGAUUCGUGCUGGAUUAUCCCAACAGUUUCUUUAUUGGAUUGUUCGCCUGUAGAGCUAAUUUCACUAAUUACACAGACACAAAACAAGUACAUCUUAAUUACCUGGGGAGGAGUCGGUCAGCUCCCACGCCCGUCCUCAUUGGGUCAGACAAAGACUUCAUUCUGGAGAAAGGUUCCAAUUUCACACUUCAAUGUGAGGUUAAAGUUGAUCCUGGCUAUGUUAUCUUCAUGAAAUGGAUUUACACAUCAAAAGAGACUCUCGAGGAAAUCGAUCUCUCCGCUGACUUUGAUUCCACGGAAUUGUCAGCCAUGGGUAACGACACAGAGAUGGGCGUCGCUGUUGAGAUUGCAGCCCCUGCGCCGGUUUCGGAUCGAGUAAGAUACACAGCACCUACAGUGAAGCAUAUGAGAGAUAUAUAUAACUAUGACAUCAUCAGGACGCUGUUAAUCGUGCGUAAUGUCCAGUUGAAGGAUGAGGGUGUAUACACCUGUCAAAUCACCACACAUGACAAACAGCAGAAAACCGCCUCCAAAGAUAUCUACAUUAGAGAACCCUACUGCCAUGUCAAUGUACUGGGAGGACAGAAUGUCAUUGAAGUCGACGAGAAUGAGAAAUAUAUACGACUGGCUUUCGCCAUCAACUGCCACCCUGAUGACUUUACAGUGAAAUGGUACAAGGAAGACUUCCUCCUGCCUACAAAUGUCGAAACGGUGGAAGAUGCAACCCAGUACAUCAUCACAGAUGUGACAAAGAGUGAUGCUGGAGUGUACAAAGUGGUCGUAGAAAAUAGUUACCUGUCGGAAUCGGCACAGGUGGAACUGGUAGUGGCGUAUAAGCCUGUGGUGUCGAUCACGGUCAAGCCUCCAUCCAGUCAGUACUUGGUACUAGGUGAUACCUACAGUGUCUCUUGUAACCCAGUGUCCAUCCCUCCAGUCAGUGUCAUAAUGUGGGAAUGGAGAUCUCACCAAGACAAAUGGAAAACUCUAGCAUACCACAAUGAUUCUGACAUCAUCACUGACCGCCUGAGCUCACUACAACUUGUUGCAACAGAGGCUGGCGUCAUUCGAUGUCAAGCUUCUAACAGAUUGGGGACCAGUUCGGUGGAAAUCGAAUUCAAAAUCUCAGAGGUAGCAGAUGGGCUGGGCAUUGUGAUGCCCCCAGUAAUUAUAGAGGAGGACCCAGUACAGAUCUCAUGCUAUGCCAGCGUCAGGGAGUACCAGUCAGUGAGUCUGUACUACAGGAGGUUUGGUAACUCCACUCAAACCAAACUGUCCACAACCAACACCACUUAUGUGUCCUACAACAGAACUGACUACUCGUCAGUCGUCCAUGUUGACUUUGAUCAAAUUGCGAAGUCCGAUGAAGGUAUCUAUGUUUGUAUUGCCAUUCUGUUGUCCACUGCCAACAACAUUUCCACGGACAAUGCUACAGUGGAGAAGAGAUUGGAAGUUAGAGAUAUUGAACCACCAACCUUUCAGCAAGAAAGUAAUCAAGGCAAAAUACCCACUGGUAUUGGAAUCAAAUUUAAGCUGCCUGAAUGUGAUGUUAGCGGAGUGCCAACACCUUCUGUCAGGUGGUUUAAAGAUGGUGUACCAAUAGAUAUCAACAACAAUACUUUAGGAUUCCUCAUCAGCGUUGACAAUAAAAGUUUGACUAUCAGUAAAACAUCAAAGAUCCACGAGGGGGAAUACCUGUGUGAGGCUGAGAACCGCGGAGGUAUAAUCUACGGUAACUGGACGCUCUACUUAGGAGAAAUAUUCCAGGCUGCAAAAAUAUCACAACAAGGUCAGAAUCCUAAUAUUAUCAUAGCAGCAGUGGUUGUAUCAACAGUGAUCCUCACCGUGGGGUUGGUCAUAGUCAUAUGCCUAUACCGACGGCGGUCAGCCAUCUUACACAAGGAACUGGAACAGUCGCUCAUUCACCCAGUAAAGGAUUACAACCCAGACCUGCCCAUAGACGAACAAACCACAUGCAUCCCCUACGAUCCUAAGUGGGAGUUUCCCAAAAAGAGACUGCGGCAAGGAAUGAUACUGGGACAGGGUGCAUUUGGUCGAGUGAUCAAGGCUGAAGCCAUUGGCAUUGUGGAACAUGAGGAUGUCACUAUCGUCGCUGUCAAAAUGGUGAAAGACUGUACUGACCGUGACCAAAUGGAGGCUCUACUCUCCGAACUCAAGAUUCUCAUCCAUGUGGGUCAGCAUCUGAAUAUAGUGAACUUACUGGGAGCUGUGACAAAGGAUAUCCGAUAUGGGGAACUUUAUGUCAUAGUGGAAUAUGCCCACUUUGGAAAUCUCCGCAACUACUUACUAAAGAAUAAAAACACCUUUAAAGACGUCAUGGACGAUUACAUAGAUCCUGUAGAGGAGAAAAAGAGGGAAGCUGCAAAAGAAGCCGCGGCAUCCAAACCCUACUAUGUCAAUAAGGCUCUGAAGGAUAACUCGGCAGAUCUGAUUGGUCCCUCCCUAACCACAAAAAAUCUCAUCUGCUGGGCAUUUCAAACAGCUAGAGGCAUGGAAUAUCUGUCCUCCAAGAAGUACAUUCACAGAGACUUGGCAGCCAGGAAUAUACUACUGGCCGAGGACAACGUAGUCAAGAUUUGUGACUUUGGUCUGGCCAAAGACUGCUACAAAAACCCAGAGUACUUCAAGAAGGGAGAUGGCCCUGUGCCAGUAAAAUGGAUGGCUAUAGAAUCCCUUACUCAUCGUCUCUACACAACCAAAAGUGAUGUGUGGUCAUAUGGAAUAUUUCUCUGGGAGCUAUUUUCUCUAGGAGGAAGCCCUUAUCCGGGAGUCGAGAUUAACGAAAAAUUCAUCGACCUUGUGAAGGGGGGCUACAUCAUGGAUAAGCCUUACUACGCUUCUGAGGAAAUGUACAAGGUGAUGAAGGCAACCUGGAGACAUGAUCCGGACGACCGACCAUCGUUCUCAGGACUCGCUUCACUCAUGGGCGACUUUCUGGAGGCUAAUGUUAAACAGUAUUAUCUAGACCUAAAUGAGCCAUACAUCAAAAUGGCAGACCUGCAGAAAUCAGGAAAUUCUGAGGGAGCAUGUGGAAGCUCUGCGGAUCAGGAAGGAUACUAUAAGAUGAAUGGGGAAACCAAGAAUAAACUUCACUCUGACUACACCAAGAUGUCCCCAGCGCCCCCUAUACCCCUGGACAAGGCUUCAAUUGAGGACGAGAGAUAUGUUAAUGCCAACAAAUGGCGGACAGAUAAAACAAAGGAAAACGCUAAGGAAAUGGAGCUGAUGCCGUUGAUAUUAUCGGACGAUAAUCUAGGGAAUGAUAGUGAGGAGUCAGAGGAAGUGAGACUAAGGAGGAAAAUGAAUGAAGUAAACCCUGGGGACGAAUCUCCUACACAAUUAAAUACCAGGGCGGAGGUGCAUAGGUCCGACGACACCGACAGUGGACAUUCUAGUACAUAUGCCCCGGGAACAUCUCCCGAUAUUGGUGUUGACGGAUAUCUUGUACCGAAAAUGGGACCAGAUGGUACACAAUUUGUUACAUCUAAGAAACCAAAGAAGGAGGAGGAUUCUAGUGGUGUGAACUCUGACUACAAUUACCAAGAUCGUCCUCCUCCAACAUACUCUGCGGUGAUACAGGAUAGUGAUGUAGCAGUGUAGCUAAAAACAGGACUGAUGUACUCGAUGUUGAUACACGAUGACGACGUAGCAGUGUAGCU